CUCCUUCUCUGUUUCUGCUUUCCCUGUCCUUCUCCCAUCCUGUUCCUCCACACCCUCUGUCCACUCUUUCCCUUUUCCCUCUCUUCCCUGGUGCCCUGUUCAUCUGGUUCAAUCCCUCUGGCUGCCUGCCCUGGCCCUCUGUCCUUCUGUCCUUUAAUGUGGGGCCCAUGGGAACUGGAGUUCACAGCAAAACAGGAAGAGCCUGGGAGCAGGAAACUGGGAGCAGGGCAGGGGGUGAACAACCAGCAGUAACCUCAGUUCCUCGCCUCCCACAUCUGGACUGAAGCAUCCCCAGGGUGCUCUGUCUCUCCCAUUGCAGCCCACCAGCCCUAGCUUCUCCCAUCUUAGUGCUUCACUGGUCCCCCUGACCUGAGAGGCAACCAGACGAGUAUUCCUGGACUCGGACACAGGAGAAAGAGCGAGCACAGGGACUAGAGUGAGGACAUCUGGAUGCUGAUCCCAGCUUGGUCACUAACUGUGUGUGGUCUUGGAAAGGGCCCUCCCAUGAGCUCAGUGCUCUCUGUGAAAUGGUGCUCCUCUUAUUUACCCUCCCUCCUUGUUGGGGCUGCUUUAAGGACCAAAAGAGAUAGUGAGGGGUUUGUAUAUGGAAACAAGCACUGGAAGGUUAACAGUGUACAGAUUUGAGGUGAUGGGAAGACCUAUAGAUGAAAGAAUUGAGAGAGGAAUGAUAACUGCUACCAUUUCUUCAACACUUACUAUGUGCCACACAUUGAGCUAUGUAAUAUGUGGUUUCCUUCUCAUGACAACCUUAUGUGGCAAAAACCAUUAUUAAUAUCAUCCCUAUUUUAAAGGUAGGGAAACAGGUUCAGAGACAUUAUGUAACUCAUUUAACCAAGAUCAUAGUUACUAAGAGGCAGAGGCAAAGCCAGGCCCAGAACUCAGGUGCUAAAUCAACAUGAUGAGAUUAAAUGAACUAGAGUUAACAGGUGUAGAGGAGGAUCAUACUAUUUUUCUUGUUCACCUAUUCAUUUAACAAACAGGAACAUAGUACCUACUCUGUUGCCUGCUCUGUGAUAGGCCCUGUUCCGUGGGCUACAGGAGAGAUAAAAUCAAUAAAACAUGGUAUCUCCCUUCAGGGAUGGAUCUCAUGUUCCAGGGAACAGGGCAGGACAGCUAUGGCUAUAAGUUGUGGUAGAUGCUGGAUAGAACCUACCAUCACUUCAGAUGGAACGGUUCCCAGAUGUGAGAACCUGCAUACCUUCCCAGGUCCAUCCUGGGCUGGCACCUGGGUCACCUGCCAUCUCCGCCCCCACCCCCAUCCCAGGCCUGCCAUUGCUCACAUCUCAGUGGCCCCUGCAGGGUACCGCCACUCAGAGACUCCCUGGAAGGAUAAGCACCUGCCUCUCCAUCCCUGGAGUUAUACUAGUUUGGCUGAGGCCUGGGGCUAGUGGGGGGAGCUUUUUGGCCCCUUCCCAGAGGCAGGGGAGGAGGAGGGAGGCUGGGAAAGCAGGCUGGGGCUCAGUGUCGCAAUUCCGGGCAGUGCCGGGACCUUUGCUCUACGAGGUGUCUAUGGACCGGAGGGAACACCGACUGUGGAGGCUGCCGGGAUUGGGGUAGGGGUGCUGGGGAGGCAGUCCUGUAAGAGCAGCUAAGAGCCACCGGGCUCCGGCUCGGCUCCGCCAGCGUGAGGCCUCCAGACAGGGGAUUGCACCGUCCUCCCCUCCCAGCAAGGGGGCUCCAGAGACUGCCCCAGCCAGGCAGUCUGGUGGCCUGGGGGAUUCGGACAGCCUCCUUGGUAAUGUCCAGGGCUCCAGGAAGAGAUGUCCUUGUGGCUGGAGGCCCCUGUGCCUGAUGCUUCUCCCGACUCUGCAGUGGAGCUGUGGGAGCCAAAUGCACAAGAUGCCGGCAGCCAGGCGCUGGGAGGCAACACUGGCGUCCUCAGGGAGGAAGCCAGCACUCCCCAAUCUGCUGGGGGCUCUCUGGGGGCAGGGCUGGAGGCAGCAGAGCCUGCAGUCCUGCUCCCUGGGGUGGAUACCCUUCCAGAGUCUACAGGAGAACAUGAAGGCUCUCCCCUGUAUCCAGAGCUGCGUCCACAAAAGCGGAAAAAGGGGCCAGCCCCCAAAAUGCUGGGGAACGAGCUGUGCAGUGUGUGUGGGGACAAGGCCUCCGGUUUCCACUACAACGUGCUGAGCUGUGAGGGCUGCAAGGGCUUCUUCCGCCGCAGCGUCAUCAAAGGGGCACGCUAUGUCUGUCACAGCGGGGGCCACUGCCCCAUGGACACCUACAUGCGCCGCAAAUGUCAGGAGUGUCGUCUUCGGAAGUGCCGCCAGGCCGGCAUGCGGGAGGAGUGUGUCUUGUCCGAAGAGCAGAUCCGCCUGAAGAAACUAAAGCGGCAAGAGGAGGAACAGGCUCAGGCCACGUCCAUGACCCCAAGGGGGUCCUCACCUCCCCAAGUCCUGCCCCAGCUCAGCCCCGAGCAGUGGGGCAUGAUCGAGAAGCUGGUGGCCGCCCAGCAACAGUGCAACCAACGCUCUUUCUCUGACCGGCUUCGGGUCACGCCUUGGCCCAUGGCACCCGAUCCCCAGAGCCGGGAGGCCCGUCAGCAGCGCUUUGCCCACUUCACCGAACUAGCCAUCGUCUCUGUGCAGGAGAUUGUUGAUUUUGCCAAACAGCUGCCUGGCUUCCUGCAGCUCAGCCGGGAGGACCAGAUCGCCCUGCUGAAAACCUCUGCGAUCGAGGUGAUGCUUCUGGAGACAUCUCGGAGGUACAACCCUGGGAGUGAGAGUAUCACCUUCCUCAAGGAUUUCAGUUAUAACCGGGAAGACUUUGCCAAAGCAGGGCUGCAGGUGGAGUUCAUCAACCCCAUCUUCGAGUUCUCCAGAGCCAUGAAUGAGCUGCAACUCAAUGAUGCCGAGUUUGCUUUGCUCAUUGCCAUCAGCAUCUUCUCUGCAGACCGGCCCAACGUGCAGGACCAGCUCCAGGUAGAGAGGCUGCAACACACAUAUGUGGAGGCCCUGCAUGCCUACGUCUCCAUCCACCACCCUCAUGACCGACUGAUGUUCCCACGAAUGCUCAUGAAACUGGUGAGCCUCCGGACACUGAGCAGUGUCCAUUCAGAGCAAGUGUUUGCACUGCGCCUGCAGGACAAAAAGCUUCCCCCGCUGCUCUCUGAGAUCUGGGAUGUGCACGAAUGACGG